AUGGGUUCCCUCAUUGCUGGUUGGGGGGCAAGGCAGUGAAUUGCCAAUGGGUUCAGGGGAAGAAAACCGGAAAUGGAGCGUGUUUGACGGGGUGAAGACCAUCCCCUCAACGCCUGAAUCUCUAAUGGCAGAAAUCAACACGGCCAUUUCUAAUCUCGAGUAUGCUCGUGCUACUGCCUUCCUCGACUCUGCAUCAUCAUCAAGGAACAAGGGUUCUGAUACCGCUGCGACCCAUCAAUACGACACUCGAAUGGCCGAUGAGGCUUACAAGGCCGGCUGUGCCGCCUUGGCUGCCGGCAGGUUCGAAGAGGCUCUUCGAUCGCUGAAUCUUUCGCUGGCUAAAUGUCCCCCUGAUCGCACCUCUGCUGUUUCCAAGCUUCAGUCUCUCAUCUCUCAUGCAUCGCUGCAGCUUCGGAGAUCCUCCAAAAACAACCUCAUUUAGAUUGGUCAGGGUGUUUGUUUUGUUUUGAAAGGGGACGGAGUAUUGGUCUCCUGUAAGCCACUAGGCGUCCAGCCAAUCAGCAAGCACUGCUAUUUUUCUACACGCAAGAAGUCAAUACCUUUUCAUCCUCUGUUGGUAAAUCAUCCAAAAGGAGCAAAUGGGUAACUGCCUGCAAGCACCCAGGGCCAGCAACACAUGCCACUUUCUUCCAUUCUUAAACUCGAUCCAAUCCUGCAGGGUGUAGUUUCGUAGAAAAAGAAAAUAGUCAAGCUUGUAAUAGACUAGGACAUCCCACAUUGUAUUGCUGUUUGGAGCAAUCUCAGACUGGACAGUGCUCCAUUCAGUGAGCAACUAGACAUGAGAGAGAUGCCUUCAUUGACUUUCAGCAGUAGUCGGUAAACAUAUCUUAGCUAGCAGCCACAUGAACUGCAUCACACAUCUGAGGAGCCUUGCAUUUUCAGGUUGUACUCUGCUCAUGCUUCCCCUAUAUAUUGGACCAGAUAGGCAGACGCCAUUUAGCUAUAUGCUGGCCUAACCAAUUUAUUCCGCUCAUAUCAACACAUGCUAUCCUGCAUCCCUUCAAUCUCUAAACAACAUAGAGGUCCCAGUUAGCGAGUUUCCAAGAUGAGUGUGUUUUACCAUGAGGAGCCACCACAGCAAGCUAAGAGAUGCAAAAGCUUGAGCACGGCACUCAAGGAUGUCUUUUCUCAUUGCCAAAUUUUCAACGGGAAAGUCUCGAAUCCAGGUGCAAAGGAGGAGUAUGCAGCAAGCGACUUUGACGAUGAGCAGGAAGUUGUGGUUGUUUCGGCCAUUCGAAUUGGAGCAAUGGAGAAACUGAGGCGUAAACCGAGCCUCCUGAGAGACGGCUUUUCGUGGGUACUCUCUUCAUCAUCGGGGGAACUCUACAUUUAUCCAAAUUCAAAAGAAGUUAAGCAGAUGGAAGAGUGGGAAACUGAGGAAUUCUUGUCAGUUGAUAGUUGCUUUUCUCGCUGUUCCAGUUGCCUGAGCAGAGAAACAUUUGUGUCGGUGAAGACAAAUUUUCCUGUGUGUGUGAGCUCCGAUAGAGAUCUAAGGAAGAGAAUGUCUAUAAUUCAAGAAUUGUGUCAUUGUGAAGGUUGGCCUUUUGGUCUCUGCCGGAAGGCUCUGUUGCUUCCUCCUCUGCCUAAAUCUCCAUCGGAGUCUUGGUUAUGGCGUAAGCCCCCUGCAACUGCUAAGAUGUCUUUUAUUUACUACAAUUCCUUCAAAUAAGUUUUCUUAACAUGUAAUGUAAAUAAAAUUUUAAUUUUGAUUAACUUCUUACUACUGAUUAUAAUUUUUUAAUAUAUAAUUUGCAUAUGACAAAAUUGGAAUCUAAUCUUCUAA